CCCAGUCCCUGUGUUUUCAGUCCACCGGUUCCCCAAAGCAGCAGCCAUCAUCCCGGAAAGAAGCUUCAAAACGGUGGUGGGCCCCUCGCCGGCGCCGGACCGGACCCACCACCCUCACGCGGCGGAGCUCUGCCUCUGACCCACCUACCCACCCCACCAACCACCUAUGCCUUCUCUCUUCUGCCUCUGAAAUGAAAACGCCCAAUAAACUUCUUUCCCCUUUCUACAUUUUUUCCACUUCUCUUUUCUUUUCCCUUGACUUGACUCAUCAAUCUCCCUGACUCAGAUUCCUGCUCAAUCCCACUGUGAUUGUCCCCUUCAAUUCAUAUAUCCUCUCUUUUUCAUCGUUUUUUUUUGGGUUUUCCCUCUAUUUCUCUUCUGGGGUUUUCUUCAAUCUCUCUGUUUUCGCUGGAAAUGGCUUCUCUCCCUCUCCUCCUUCGAUUUCUCCUUCUGGGUCUCUCUUUUUCCCCUGCAAUUUCCACCAACUCCGAAGGAAAUGCUCUUCAUGCUCUCAGGAGAAGGCUCUCUGAUCCCACCAAUGUGCUGCAGAGUUGGGACCCUACGCUGGUCAAUCCCUGCACUUGGUUUCAUGUCACCUGUAAUUCUGAUAGCCAUGUCAUCCGCUUGGAUUUGGGGAAUUCAAACAUUUCUGGGACUUUGGGGCCUGAACUUGGCGAGCUCCAGCAUCUUCAGUAUCUGGAACUCUACAGGAAUGGAAUAAGUGGAAAAAUCCCUUCAGAGCUGGGUAAUUUAAAAAACCUUGUAAGCAUGGAUCUGUAUGAGAACAAAUUUGAAGGAAAAAUCCCGAAAUCUUUCGCCAAACUCAAGUCACUCAGAUUUCUACGGUUGAACAACAACAAGUUGACAGGAUCGAUCCCAAGGGAACUCACAUCGCUCUCUAAACUCAAGAUUUUUGAUGUCUCAAACAAUGAUAUAUGUGGAACAAUUCCAGUUGACGGCCCCUUUUCUACUUUCCCAAUGGAAAGUUAUGAAAACAACAGGCUAAGUGGCCCCGAGUUGCAAGGACUCGUACCAUAUGACUUCGGAUGCUAAACUGAGCUUGAGCUCAAGCUCGUCGAUCCUUAGACUCAGAAAUAGCAUGGCUUGGGAGGUAACAGGUUCAUGCCAAAAGUAAUAUCCCUAUGAUAAUUCAUGCCAAAAUUAAUAUCCCUAUGAUAAUUACACUGCAUGUAUUGGAAAAUAUAGGAAGCAAAAUAAGAAUGUAUGAGCUUCAAUUCUCAUUGAAAACCGACAAUGGUCGGUUCUAGCRUCGUCCUACUUUGCCAUUUCCUUUUUCUCCAUUUGUCGGGACGAAGGAAUAUGGCUCAAUAUCAGUAAUAGUUCAAGCUUACAGCCCCUGCAAAAAUGGAGGUCUGGCAGUUAGAGCUAUCUAAAUUCGUAUUUCAGUUUUUAAUCUUCCAACUCCCCCCCUCUCUCUCUGUAUUUGUAUGUUUACUUUCUUUCUACAAAAUUGUAUAAUUAUGUAAUAAUUAUUUCAUAGGAUUAAAUUACUGGUUUACAUUGAUCUCUAAA